AGCAUUUUAAGCAGUUUUAAAAGGCAGCCUAAAGUAACGUUUUGAGAAUUUGUAAUUAUUACUACACUUUGAGAGAAGCAAAGCAAACACUUGUAGUCAGCAGAUCCAAGGAUUAAAAUAGCAAAAAGACUCUCCACCAUAUAACACAGGAAAAAGACAUAUAAAGGACAGCUGUUAAAUCCAUUUACCUUCCAUUCUUUUAUAACGUGUGCAUGCUGUAGCUGAGAACUUAACUUUGAUGGAAAAGGAACUGUGGGAUCCUGCAGCAAGCCAGCCGCCAGGAGCUUGUAACAGUGAAGUCCCAUACCUCAGCAAAUUUGAAUUGGAAAUGAAUGAAACCAAACGAAAACGAAAAUCUUGUGAAGGAUGCAUUUUGACUGCAGUUGUAAUUUAUUUAAUGGUCUUAACAGUGGGUACUGGAUAUUUUGCAUACAAAGUAUUACAGCUGGAGGAAGAACUUAAGGCACUCCAACAAAAUAAUGUACAUGAACCAUCUAAAUCAUUUGCACAUAAUUUCUCACAUGUGAGUAAAGAGGACUACAGUGGAGAAUAUCAAAUAAAGCUGCCAAGUACCACAGAUACUUCUUUUUCAAAAACCAUUUCAGAGAUACUCCAGCAGGUUUGGCAGAAAGUGUUGAAGUUAUAUACCAUUGCUGAAGAUCUGGAAAAAAUGUAUGAUGGUCUUAACAUGAGCAACAUUGAGCUAGAGAUGAAAAUUGCUGACAUCAGCCUUAUUCCAGGGCCUCCAGGAUCAAAAGGAAGCAAAGGAGACCAUGGGUUAAAGGGUGAUCCUGGCCGAAAUGGUGAAAAAGGCGUAAAGGGAGACCCUGGGGCCAAAGGAACAGAUGGAUUAAAAGGAGAGCAAGGCAUGCCAGGUGCUAAGGGACAGAAGGGCAGUGAUGGUAUAAAGGGAGACCAAGGCCCAAUAGGACCAGUGGGCCCUCCUGGAAGUAAAGGGGAUCCUGGCAGUCCAGGUGCAGAUGGGAGAAAAGGUGAUGUUGGUCUUCCUGGACGACAAGGAGAAAAAGGAGCUGCAGGAUUCCCAGGAAUGCCAGGAGUGAAUGGAGAAAAAGGGCAACAAGGUGCUAAGGGAGAGAAGGGCAAUGAUGGUAUAAAGGGAGACCAAGGUCCAGUGGGACUGGUAGGUGCUCCUGGAAUUAAAGGGGAUACUGGCCGUCCAGGUGCAGAUGGAAGAAAAGGUGAUGUUGGUCUUCCUGGACAACAAGGAGAAAAAGGAGCUGCAGGAUUCACAGGAAUGCCAGGAGCGAAUGGAGAAAAAGGGCAACAAGGUGCUAAGGGAGAGAAGGGCAAUGAUGGCAUAAAGGGAAACCAAGGCCCAAUGGGACCGGUAGGCCCUCCUGGAAUUAAAGGGGACCCUGGCCGUCUAGGUGCAGAUGGAAGAAAAGGUGAUGCUGGUCUUCCUGGACAACAGGGAGAAAAAGGAAAUGCAGGAAUCCCUGGAACACCAGGAAUAAUGGGAGAGAAAGGGGUGCCAGGCAUUCAAGGUCCAAUUGGUCAACCAGGAUUAAAAGGAAGUUCAGGUGUUCCAGGUGUACCAGGAGUUAAAGGAAGUAAAGGAGACACUGGUCUUAUGGGCAGUAAAGGUGAAAAAGGAGAGAGAGGAUAUGCUGGAUCUCCUGGACUGUCAGGACCACCAGGACAUACAGGACCACCAGGACAACCAGGUGCUAAAGGAGCCUCUGGACAACAAGGACCUCCGGGACCACCAGGACUACCAGGUGCUAAAGGAGCCACUGGUACUUUAGCAACAGUAAGAAUUGUUGGAAUUGGAAGACCUCGAGGUCGUGUAGAAGUUCUACAUAAUAAUAUGUGGGGUACUAUCUGUGAUGAUGGCUGGGAUAUUAAUGAUGCAAAAGUUAUUUGUCAGAUGCUAGGAUAUCCUUUGGUUGUUGAUGCUUUUACAGCUGGUGGAGGCACUGGAGACAUCUGGCUUGAUGAUGUCAACUGUAAUGGAACAGAGCUCCGUAUUGAAGAUUGUCCCAAAAGCAGCUGGGGAACACACAACUGCGGUCAUGGCGAAGAUGCAGGAGUUGAAUGUUCAUAGUAUACUAGUAUAAUAAAUUUUUAAAUUAAUUUUUCUGUAGGACUGUCAUUCAGGAUUCUUAUGAAAUCAUUUGCUUAUAUCUUUAUUUACAUGUACAUAUGUUUCAUAUAUGACAAUUAAAAACUCUCAUAAGUAAUGAAUAUGUAUUUGUCACUAAUCAUAAAGUGUUCAGAUUAGUUUUGGAGCUGUUGACUAAACACUGCAAGUAUUCAAACUAAACACAUUCAAAAAAAUUUAAGGGCACUGUCAUACAUUCUAAGUCAAUGUAUUGGGACAUAUCAUCUGUUUUACAUGUAACUGUUCUUACGUUGUAAUUGUACUCAGCUGUCUUUACUCAUCAGAAUAUGAGAUGGAACAAAAAAGAAUAAAACUGUUCAUUCCCAGUGUC